AUGGAAAGGAGAUCGCCUAAGAGCCCUUUGCCGAAGAGCCCGUUUCCGAAGAGCCCUAUGCCACAGAGUCCUGAAUUCUACCAAAAAUACAAGUCUAAAUGUGCAUAUGGCUUAGUUAAUUUCUUUCAUUUCCGCCAAAGUCACUCAAAGAAGCUGAUUUCUGAUAAAGCAGUUUUGAAGAGACAUGGUGUUGAAAUGAAGAAAAUCGCGUGGGAAGAUAUGCCCAUCAAGCAGCAGAUAAAGAAGAGCACUGCAAAAGUGGAUCAUGUACAAUCUGAUUCUGAACUUGUUGGUGACCGAUCAACAAGCCAUGGGAAAGCAAUCAAGGCUACUAGGAAACCUCGUCGUUUACCUAUUUACGGUUGUUAUGAUGUAGCAACCAUGGGGCACGCGAAAUCUGUUCACGAAAAUUCAGUGGAUGAUUCUUCAAAAACGUUGGAAUCUGCAGUGACCGAAGAGUCACUCUCCAAUCAAGUGCAACCUAAAAACGAAAGCAAUUGUAAAUGUAAAAGUAUCUGUCGUGGAAGGCAUGACCAGUCUAAGGAAAUCAACCUUCAGAUUCGCAUGAAUGAAGCAACUGAAGCAUUUAUAAAUCAGAAGUUGAUUGAUGGAAAACACCCCACCACAGAUGGGGCAAAUGACCAGUCUAAACAUUUCAUGGAUGCACUAGAGAUACUGAAUUCGAACAAGGACUUAUUCAUAAAACUCCUACAAGACCCCAAUUCUCUACUGGUGAAACAUAUUGAAGACUUGCGAGACUCUCAGGCAAAAAUGCAGCGGAUUAAAUGUUACCACAAAGAUAAAUUGUCAGAACAACAGAAAAAUACUUCAAGAGAAUGCAAAAGGACUGUCUGUACCCAAAACUACAACGCCAGUGAUGGAUACAUGUCCAAGGGAACUGGUGAUCCUCAACCCUUGGAGACUAUAGUAGUUUUGAGGUCUGGCUCCACAAGCUUGCAAAACUGCACAGAUCGAAGCAGUCAUGACUCUCCACUGAUUCAUUAUAGGUUGAAAAAUGUGCAGCAGAGUGUUAAAGCUUCAUAUUUUCCCUUUGUCAAAAUGAAAAGAAAGUUGAUGCAUGCUAUGGGGGUAAGCAGUAAAGAGCAGCAGUUGAUGCUGACUGAUGAUGCCGUGCAUAAGUCUAAAUAUGACUUCCAGGAGAGUGGAAAAUGUGGCGGAAGAGGUUUGGAGGUUGAUGAAAGAAACUCACCCGGUGAAACCUCUUGUUAUUUUGCAAGAAUGGCCAUGGAUGUCAGGAGUAAAGACCAGAUGGACAAAGUGGAAUUAAUUGAAUCUAGUGCUAGAGAGGAAGCUGCUUCAGCUAGUGAAGAAGGUGGUCAUGAAAGCUCAAAAUUUUCAAAUUUCAGGCAUUUCAAGGAAGGUAAGAAUGACAAAUAUGUUGAGACUAGGGUGCAUCUCUCUGACUUUUUAAAGAAUGAAAAUGUGAAUCUUUCAAGAAAGCAGAGACCAAAAACCUGGGAUGGGAUGAGGUCUCUUCCUGAAGAUGAAUUCUUGCCUACGGUCAGUCCUAGAUGUAAAGCGGAGCAUGACCGUGUUACUCCACAAAUGAGAUUUUCUCCCUACAGCAGUUAUCAAAUGGUGAACAAGAACAAGUGGGGGAAUCAGAGUGAAAAGAGAAACAACAUAAAUCCACCACUGCAGAAUUUAGAGGAUCCAUCGUGGGACAGUGACAAAAGUUGUGAUCAUCAAUUACAAAUCAUUGAGACAAAACAAAAUAUUUCAAACAAAGUUUUCCCUGAUGUCACAGCAGAUGAAAACUUCUCUUCUCUUGAAAAUGAUUCAAGCCUUCGAGGUUCCACCAACAUAAUAGGAAAAAGAUUCAGUGAAAUUUCAGAAGACUAUAGUCCCUCUGGUGUGCCUUCCAGACUAGAUGGCUCGCACUAUAGCGAUAGUAAUGAAAGUUCUUGUGCAACAAAUACAACUGCCGAAUGUGAAUCCUCAAAGUUCUUUAGACUGGAUACAUCUGCGGAGAAUCAGACAUCACCAUCUUCUACAAGCGAUUGUUUAUCAAGCCCUUUAAACAUCCAGAGUGUUGAAGACCUAGACAAGGUCAAAGAGAGGGCAGAGCAGCCAAGUCCAAUAUCUGUCCUUGAGCAAUUUUUCAUGGACGAUAUGAUCACUAGCCCUUCAAGCCAUGCAUCACGACCUGCUGAACUAUCAACCUUGGCACUAAGAAUAGGUAAUGAAGAAGACUACUUAGCGGCCCUUGUUCACUCCCCUUUGGAUCUGAAGAUCAAUUCGGGCACUUCUUUGGAAGAAUGUGGGUCUGUGUUUGAGUGUAUAGGUGCACUUUUGAGAGCUUCUGGAUUUAAUUUGGAUGACCUAUCAUCAAAGUGCCAUGGUCAGUCCUGUGGUGAUCACAAGCUUGUUUGUGAUUAUUUUUUCGAAGUCCUUCUAGAGGUAUACCAGUACUACUUGAGAAGCUCUCCUUGGUUAUCAUUUAUCGAACCAAAAGUUCGACCUGUUACGAUGGCAGAAAACAUGGUUCAACAAGUGAUGAAAUAUGUUGAUCAGAACAUCCUCUUACAGCCACCUUCGCGAACAUUAGAGCAUUGUGUUGAAAAGGACUUGACCAACUCUGCAACGUGGUUGGAUGUCCGGAUUGAUGCUGAAGAUGUUGUUAGUAUGAUAGUAGAAAGUGUUCUGGAAGAAGUGAUAAUAGAGACUGCUAUUGAGUGA